AUGAUGAAGGAAAUAAAAUUGGAAGUUGGAAUCUUUAUGAAAAAAACCAAGAAAUGUAAAUAUAUAUUCAUUAUUUAUGUAGAGACGGAGGUAAAUAUAACCAAAAUGGAUAUAAAUUUAGAAAAUGGACAUAACUACACAACUUCUAUCAUAAUGAGUAUUUUUAUUUCAUUGAAUUUUAGAAUUUGAGAAUAGCAACUAAGGAUAAAAGAUAGGUGAAUGGAAUAUUUGGCAUAAAAAAAUAAAGGGAAGAUAAAAAUGUAUUGAUAAUUUUCAUAUUAUAGAGGUGGUGGUUGUUAUGGGUAUAAUGGGAAGAAGAUUGAAAGGUGGACCGAAUUAUAUACAUUUACACAUAAUUCAACAUAAAGCAAUCAAACUAUUAUAACUUAUGAAGGGGAAUAUGAUUAAAAGGGAGUUAGAAUAAACAAUGGAAAAUUACUUCUUAGUAGAUAUAAUAUUGAGAGAAUAUUGA